AUGUGGGGCUACAGGGUUCCCAAUGGAACAUGGACUGGCAUGCUCGGGGACCUGCAAAGAAACGAAAGCGAACUUGCCGUGGGUCCGUUCCUCAUCACCACGGUCAUUGACGAAGAAUUCACGUUCGGUUCUGUAUUCCUUGUGGACAACUUGCGAUUUCUGGCUGGCCUCAAGCAGCCUUUCUUCAGUGCUGUCUUCACCAGGGUGUCCCCUUUCGAUAUUGAGCUGUGGGUGCUGGUGGGCUUGACCCUUCUGCUGCUGAGCUACCUGAGCGUCAAGUUGGUGCGGUCACCACGCAUCCAGCAUGCCAAAGGAUUCCUGCGGACGUACGGAGACAUCUUCUUCAUCUAUUUCGCUGCCACCAUGCAGAAACACUCACCAACGGAGCACGUGGGCGGCGGUGCGGUGUUCCGUGCCCUGCACUGCCUUUGGCUGGUGGGCAGCUUCUUCGCCAUGAACUUCUUCACGGCCAGCAUGCGGGCCGAUCUGCUCGUCAAAGUCGAGGCACCACGAGUACGCACGACUGACGACGUGCUGCGAAACCCCGACACCCGUAUCCUGUUGUUCGGUACAGCUGGCUUCACCGAGCUAUUUUUGUACACGAAUGAAGACUCGUACUCGGCUGUGUACGAUCAAGUGCGACGCACCGGCGGCGAGCUCCAUCCGUCCGAGAUAUACACGGACAAGAACUUUCGCGAUGUUCUCGCGCGAAAGGCCGUCAUGCUUCAGGAGGAGAAGGGCACGAUGGAGGAUCAGAUUCGGCGCAACUGUCCCGCCUACAUGGGACGAGGCUUCUUCUACUUCAGUGAAGAGUCACUGGGAUUGCUGGUCAUGUCAUGGGUGACCCGCAAGGACUUUGACGCCAUAAUUCAUCGCGAGAUGAAAUACAGGGUCCGCUGGCUGGUGGACACCGGAAUGGUGCAGCUGUUCAUGCGUGACGUGUCCCCAGGUCCCACAGCCUGCUGGUUGCAGGAGCGUCACAAGAGCGACAUGGACGGCCGCAUGCUAGAAUUCGAAGACCUCGAGUCUGUGUUCGUCCUUUACGCGCUGCUGCUGCAGUUGGCACUGGCUGCUUUCAUUCUCGAGUGCCUGGGCCCUGCCUUAUCCAGAUGCAACAGUCGGUUCUGCCCCAAACGCAGACAUUUUUAA